AUGAGUCCAGACUGUGGUGUUAGUGUUUCUGUUGCAUCCAGUGGGUCCUCUGAAACCAUGCUCCACUUCAGCAGCACACUCUUGUUGGCAGCAGCCUGUCUGCUUGUUAGCACAGGUGCAGAGAGAGCUAUCACCUGUGGGAACCAUGUCCACCGUCUGAGCUGUGAAACCGGAGUCAUUCGUGUUCAGGAAUCCAUGUACGGACGUACAAACCCUGACACGUGCAGUGGAGAGAAACCUGAAGAGGUGGUCACCAAUACUGCGUGCUCUCUGGAGGGUGCUGAAGACAUCAUUAAGACAAGGUGUGAUGGCAAGAAGGUGUGUGAAGUAACCCCAGCCAUCUUUGCAAGAGAUCCCUGCCAUGACACUUUUAAAUACCUGCAGACCAGCUACGCCUGUGUGCCAUCAAUUCAUCUCAUAACGUGUGAGCAGUCCAUGGUACAACUGCAGUGCGAUGAGGGGCAUGUUAUACAUGUCUACCAUGCUGAUUUUGGACGGCAUGAUGCAAACAUUUGCUCUUUCAGGCAGGAUGCCUCACAUCUCCAAAAUGUUAAGUGUUCAAACCCCACUGACAAAGUUGCUGAAAGGUGUAAUGGGAAACACAGCUGUACUAUGAGAGCAAGCAGCACGCUGUUUGGUGACACCUGUCCCAAAACUUACAAAUACCUGGAGCUGACUUACAACUGUUUGAAACCUGCAGAUGUUUAAGAAGAAUAAAUAUACUGUAAAAGCAGUAU